CGGUCUUUCAGCUGAUCUGUAUUUGUGGCUGCCCCAGAAUGCUUUCAUCUAUCUCAUGAGCUGAUUCCGGACGUUAGCAAGAGAGGUUGUGGAAGAUUAUAUAAGCCUUUCGAGUACUAUAUAUGGAGUAUACUCAGACUAAGUUAUCGACUGGUUGUCGACCCUAGCCCUGUACCGACAAAGAAUAUGAUGCGACAGUGAGGUUUCACCAUUCGAUGUACCCAAGAUCAAAGAGGCAUCGUCAAUAAUGUAUCCCUUGCAAGGCCACUCAGGAAAUUUUUAUCCGGCGAUGCCGCGGUGCCAUUUCUGCACUCUUCGCUUUUCUUCCUUGUACAGCAUCUUGACCAAUAACUAGAAGUAAAUAUCCGCAAUGGUAGGGAAGAGGCCCCGUACAACUUCUCCAAUUAUAGAGUGUCGUGCAGUAGUGGUCCGUUCUACCCAAUCAGAUGGCUCUGCAGUGGAGAACAGUAGAGAACGUCGAUGCCUUUGCGGUAAAGUUCUAUCUAUGACGCAGGCUUUAUCUGGAUCAUGCCAGUCCUGUCUUCACAAAGUCCGAAUCUCUCGAGGUAGUAGCGAUAACGACAGUAGCGAGCCCGAAGAAAACCCAAGCACUGACAACAGAAGGAGUAAGAGGCGUAUUGGUCGUCCAAAGAAAAUCCCAUCAAACAAUGUCACUCGGUUUUGCGCCAACUCAAGUUGUGGCAACCCUCUUCCCCUUGAUUAUUCUUACAAAAGGUGUCAGCCCUGCAUCAGGGCUUAUCACGAGCGCUAUCGCAUGAACAUUGCCUGUGCAGGUCGUUGCGGUGCCCGCAUUCCUCGCAAUUCUAGUCUCAAAACAUGCUCAGCCUGUCGGAAAGGUGGCCAUAAAAAUCGUUCUCCCAGGCUAUGCAGACGUUAUAAAAAAUGUGGCAAUUCACUUCCUGUUGCGAGCCCCUUCAAAUCAUGUGCUUCUUGCCUUGAAUACGACAGAGAGCAACGUCGCCAAAGGGUUGCUCGUGCAUCGCGAGUGACUAAUCGCGACUCGGAUGUUGGAGACCGUGAUAGUAACGUACAUGAAACGAUUGUGAUAGAUCUUAGUAGCGAAGGCGAAGACGAGGAACUGGAAGAAAAUCCGCAUCAGGAACUGGAAAGUCACAAUGCCCAGGUUAAGGAGCUUGAGACUGAAUUAAUACGAGCCAAGAAAAAGGCUUCGCAGAAACUGCCCAGCCUUACCGAGCAACUGAACUAUGCAGAUAGUAGACUCGAGAGUUUCAUGCAGCACGGACAUCGCGUUGACCUUACAAACGACACGCAUAGCCAACUUGUAGAAUUCGAAGAGAAGAAGCAACUUAAACAAGAAAAUGAACGUUUACACAAGGAAAUCACAGAACUCAAAUGUCAACUGAACAACAUCAUCCAGCACGACCUCGCAGAACAUACCCAUUUAAAUAUCUUGAACCGCCUACUUCUCCAAACCAGACAUGAUCUUUUGCACGAAAACAUUUCUACACUGGUCGUGAUCGAGACAUUUGACAAUCUCAGCAGCCAGUUACGAGAGCUAGCAGACAGGCAUUUGGAAAACAUACCUGUUGGAUUUGGGUCAAUCAUGGGAGUAAUCAGCCAUCAAAAUGGGCGAGCUAACAUUGAGGAUGGCAAUGAAGUUUAUACUGCCGGAAAGCAACAGUACAUUUAGGCCAGACUUAGGUUUUCUUCUUGAGACAGCUAUUGUUAAGCAUUUUACAUUGUUUUUGUAUACGUAUGUAUAUGUUCUCGUACCAGAUUACUCGAACAGAACCAAG